AUGCCAGCGCAAGAAAGCCGGUUUGGGCCGCUGAGUAAAGGGACGGAGGUUGUCGCGGAGUUUGCGGGGAGGGUUGAGGGAAGGGUUUCUAAUGGGAAAGAGAAAAUGAGGUGGAGGGGUGUGGUGAAGCCCAAGCUAACAACCACCCCUCCACCAGUUCUCAUAACAGGCGUAUCCCCCUCCUCCCUCGGCGCUCAACUCGCCCUAACCCUCUCAACCCACUCCCCCUCCCUCCUCAUCCUCGCCUCCCGCACGCUCUCCAAAAUCCACCUCGUCACCACACACAUCCUCUCCAUCCACCCCUCCGCAAACCUCGCCUGCCUGCAGGUAGAUUUCUCUGACCUCGAUAGCGUCCGCAAAGCCGCUGCGGAAGUGCGUCGGAUUCUAGACAAUCAUGGCCCGGGCAGGGGAAUCGAUGUGCUGUUCAACAACGCGGGGAUCAAUAUCUGCGAGCGGUUACUAGCACCUGGUAGUGGCGUGGAGAUGCAAUUCGCGACGAAUCAUCUGGGUCCGUUCCUUUUCACUAACUUACUACUGCCCCUGAUCCUCCGCGGGGACCUGGUCCCUUCGGGGAUGAAGAGGAUCGUCAAUACAAGCAGCGAAGCCCAUCGUAUCUCCCCCAUACGCUUUAGCGAUAUCAAUCUCGAGGCUGGGAAACAGGUCCCGGAUGAGGAGAUGCCGAGGAAGAAUUUGCCGGAGGGGGUGUUGAGGGGUGGUGGUGCGUAUGAGCAUGCAGUUGCGUAUGGGCAGAGUAAGACUGCGAAUGUGCUUUUUGCGGUGGGGUUGAAUGGGAGGGUUGGGAAGGGGGGAGUAAGGAGUUUUGCGGUGAAUCCUGGGACUAUCAUGACGUCUCUGGUCCGAGAUCUCGAUUCCACCGCAAUGGAAAGCCUUAUGAAGAUCCCUGACUGGAAAUCCUUCGAUCAAGGCAUCGCCACGAUGCUCGUUGCCGCGCUGGAUCCUGAUUUGGACCCUGUCGACGGGGUCUAUCUGGAUGAUUGUAGGCAGAGGAGAGCGGCGAAGUGGGCUGUUGACGAGGCGGCUGCGGAGAGGUUGUGGAAGGUUAGUGAGGAGUUGGUGGGGGAGAGUUUUGGUGAGGACAAGGGGAGGUGUAAACUUUAA